CUUGUCUCACGUAUUUUUUACCAUUUUCACAUGAUGUUCCUAUUACGAUAUCUGCUUCUGGUGCUGCGGUUGAUGUUGCUGUCAUGAUGCAGAAGUUAUGUUAGUCGUCUAGUGUGGAGUGAGUUAACAGUUGGUUUUGAUAGGUUAUGUUUUAGUAAAUAGUGAAUGGAAACUUUAUAACGUUAUCAUGGGUGUGGGAUUACAACCUCUUGAGUUUACGGAUUGUUUGACGGACAGCCCAUAUUUUCGUGAGAAACUCCAUUCUCAUGAAAAAGAGCUGGAAAAAACAAGUCAACAGAUCAAGGGACUUAUCAAGGAAGUGAAGGAACUUUUGCGUGCUGCAAAAAACCUGUCCCGAGCCCAGCGAGCGCUCUCCAGCAGCCUGAUGGACUUCAACUUCGAGUGCAUCGGCGCCAACCUGACGGACGACGAGAUGAGCAUCUCCAUGUCGCUGAAGGAGUUCGGCCGCCUCAUCGCCAGCAUCGAGGACCAGCGCGACAUGAUGUUAGACCGGGCCUACGAUCAGAUCAUCCUGCCGCUGGAGAACUUUCGGAAGGAACACAUCGGGGGAGUGAAGGAGGGUAAGAAGAAGUUCGAGAAGCAGACAGGGAAAUUCUGCUUGAGCCAGGAGCGGUACCUAAACCUGUCCACGAAGAAGCAGGACACCGUGUUGAAGGAGGCGGACGCGGCUCUUGUGAUGGAGCACAGGCACUUUGUGCAAGCCAGCCUCGAGUACGUGUUCCUGCUGCAGGAGGUCCAGGAGCGGAAGAAGUUCGAGUUUGUGGAGACGCUGCUGGGGUUCAUGUACGGCUGGCUGACGUUCUACCACCAAGGUCACGAGGUCGCCAACGAGUUCAAGCCGUACAUGCGAGAGCUGCAGCACAAGCUUCAGAAGACGAGAGAAAACUUCAAUUCGACGCGAGACAUAACUGAAUCUUACAUGCAGAAGAUGCUUGAGAAAGCAAUGGAAACCGGUGGAUCAAUCAAACCUGAUGUGAAGGAAGGCUAUCUCUACUUAAUGGAAAAAAAAGCUUUCGGCACGACCUGGACGAAGCAGUACUGCACGUACCACAGGGACACGAAGGAGUUCCGCAUGCUCCCGUACAACCAGAUGACGGGGAAGUUUAACUCGGCGGAGUCGCUGACGCUCGCUUCGUGCGUCCGGAGGAUGUCGGACUCCAUCGAGAAGAGGUUCUGCUUCGACAUCACGUCCAUCGAAAAGCCGGGCGUGCCGGCCGCGCAGUACACGCUGCAGGCGUUGUCUGAGGAGGACCGCAAGCAGUGGAUGGACAUCAUGGACGGAAAGGAACCCGUAAGUGAGGAUGCCUCCUCGCAUGUGACGUACGCAGUACCUGGGAAAAUAUCGAAACCAGAAGAAAGGCCCUUGGAUGAUGUUGGAAUCAGCUUUGUUAAAAGAUGUAUAGAAGUCUUGGAAAGUAGAGGUCUGGAGGAGCAGGGCCUGUACCGCGUGGCCGGGGUCUCCUCCAAAGUCACGAAGCUGGUGUCCAUGGGGCUGGACCGCCGGAAGACGGACAGGCUGCCGAUGCUGGACGACGCCUACGAGUGGGACAGCAAGACCAUCACCAGCGCGCUCAAGACGUACCUGAGGAACCUGCCCGAGCCGCUCAUGACGUACCGCUACCACAACGGCUUCAUCGCCGCCGCGAAGCAGGAGACACAGUCCCUGAGGGUGAACGACGUCCACACGCUGGUGCACCGCUUGCCGCAGCAGAACAAGGAAGUGCUGGAGAUGCUCAUCAAGCACCUCAGGAACAUCGUGACGAAGAGCGACAAGAACCUGAUGACGGUGAGCAACCUGGGCGUGUGCUUCGGCCCGACGCUGCUGCGUCCCGAGGAGGAGACCGUCGCCGCCAUCAUGGACAUCAAGUUCUGCAACAUCGUGGUGGAGAUCCUCAUCGAGAACUACGACAAGAUAUUCCUGAACAAGCCUGCCAACGCGGAGGUGCCUCAGCGAGAGCUCGCCCCUGUGCAGACGGGCGCGGCACAGAACCACGCGCAGACCGCCACGGCCCACGUCUCGCACACCGCCAAGAUCAACUACGUGCCCGGGCCGCAGCCGGUGCCACACGCGGUGACGAGGCUGUACGACGGCACCGGCGCGGGGGCGAACCGGGAUCACGGCGACGGCAACGGCGUGGGCUACCUGCACGGCCACAAGGGCGCGCCGGCGGGCCACUGGGGCGCGGCCGGCACGGAGGGGGGGCUGCCCCCAGCGGCGGCGGGCUACGGGGCGUUCCUGGCCCACCCCAAGUACCGCGUCCCGCCCGCCUUCCUCCACGACAACCACGCCGGCCUCCCGGCAGGGUCGGACAGAGUGUUCGAUCAGUGCAGCAAUAGCAGUUCCAGUGAGUCUGUCUCUUCGCUGCCUUCCAAAGAAUCGUCGAACCACAACAACUACGUCAUAUCUCCACAAAAGAACAAAAGAGGCUUACGUUAUGACGCAGUCGGUUCCGCCGAGAGCUUUGACUUUUUCUCCCAAGAAAGGAGGUACUUUUGGGAAUACAAGACAGGUGUGGUUGGCGGAAUACACAGCGCAUCUGUAUACCGAGGACAUGACGCAUCGCGAGUGCGUACUCUGUACGCAUGCAUGGGAGAGAAUGAUGGAGAACUAUCGUUCGAGCCUAACCAAAUCAUUACUAACGUGCGGCAGUCCAAGGAGCCGGGCUGGCUGGAGGGGACGCUGAACGGCAAGACGGGGCUCGUCCCCGAGAACUACGUCGAGUUCCUGCCCUGACACGGACGCACGGCGCGGCCUGCGCAGCUCGCCACGGGGGCCGGCGGCGACGGUCCCGUUCCCGACGAGCGUCGCUACGGCGUCCGCGGGAACGAAUACUGAAGCGACGCUCGCUCGUCCUCCCGCGCCUCUCAGAGGCGACACCCCUACGUGUGAAGACUUAAGACUUGCAAAGUGAUGUUUCCACUUCCACGCAUGAUUUCAGUUAAGUUUUUGCAGAGUAUAUAUAUCAUUACUAUCAUUUAUAUUAUUUGUUCUCCAUUAAAAAAGCAAGUCAUGUAAAUAAAAUGUUAUAGGGGGAAAAUAUGA